GACGAUAUCCUCCGUCACCAGCUCUACUUCAGCUGAAUAUUCUCGGUAUCGUACCUGUCGUUCCAAUUUUUCACAAGUGCAAACUCAGGAAAAUUGCAUUAGAGGCACGACUCUUUUAUUUAUGUGUAUCUAACACUGUUAAUCAGUCGUAGUUGUGAGAGUAACGAUCAUUCGCAUACGGUAUUGUGAUUUCCCUACUCUGAUUUAAACUUCCUCAGUGUGCCCUUGCUCCGUUUUCUCUUCGCUGCUCGGGAGAAACCCGCUUUUUAAUGGCAUGCUCACUUAUUUCUUCUAACCAAAUAACCGCUGCGUUAUUGGGUCAUUAUUUCAUAUAACCAUAACAUUAUAACAUUACAUUAUAACCUGACAUUAUAACCUUAACAUUCUAUUACGUCUAACGGCCACCUUGCUUACCAUCCCUUCUUGUUUAUAGGGGUACGGCGCACAAUUUUAGUAUUACAUGGGAUAAUAAUUACAGCUAUUAAAAUAUGCUCAUAUAUUGUAACUGAUUUAAGCCAUAGUAUGAACAAAGACACUCUCGCUAAACUCGGCGACACCUUUAAACAGUUGGCUCGUCCUUCAGGUGAGGAGGAAGUGGAACACGGUUCAGACACCGAUGAUCUUAAUGUUGUAAAUUUACGUUCAGGUACUCAAUAUUCCUCAAUUCCAGUGGACAGGGCCAAUUCACCUCCGGGUUCUUCGGAAUACUUAACCCCCACUCCACCGAUCACAAUACCUACCAAUCCAACUCCCUCCCCCCCCCUCCACCGAUUCGGGUCAUUCGAACUCACGCCAGUAUUCGACAGUUCUCCGGCAGCGAGUCAGAUUAUUCGGCGAGACAGUUCCUAGAUCUAUGUGAGUCUGCCAUCGUAAAUUCCUCUAUUACGGACGAUCAUGAUAAAAUUGCAUUCAUUCGGUCCCGGUUACUACCAGGCUCUCGGGCACUAAAUUUGAUGCAGUCCUCAGCGUUCGCUUCGGGGGACAUUGGAGUAAACUAUGAGAUUUUUAAAAGGAAUUUCAUAAAAAUCUUCGGAGGCGGGAGUAAACCAAGCAUCGUUAGACAGAUCGCACACACGGUUGAGUCCCUCCAAAAAAAUUCCUCAACAAAGCCGAUUUGGGACGCCAUGACUGAGGCAAGUCAGCUGGCGGUUGACUGUGUCAAAAGUUUAGAAGACGCGCAGUGGCUCCCACGGGGCAGUAUGCAAAAACACCAGGUGAAGACAGUCUUCGAGUUGCUUUUUUACUUAUUUCAUAUUUCAGAGAAGAACCGCCGUUCUGUCCUUCCCUUGACCUUCAAACCGAGCGGGAAGUUGGUUGACUUCGUCUCAGAGUUAGAAGUCAAGGUUCAAGAACACCCUCACCAUCAACCCCCCGCAACAGCCGCAGCAUUGCAGGCUCAAAGUAAGGCAUCUCUCACCUUUUUGCAAACAAUCAGGACAUUCCGAGAAUUCUUGCUUCGCGAAACGUAGGGACUCAACACACUCAAGACAGGGAUCUGAUAGGAGAUCAGGAGGAUACAGAGACGGCCAUCACUCAUCACACAGGAACCCUAGGCCAAACCAUCAGCGGAAGGCUGCCUUUUGCCAUGUUUUCAUGAUUCAGAUAGUUGUUAUGCAAUACAAAAGGCCAAGGAGGAACAGAAGAACAAGUCCUCGGCGGACAGUAAACCACACUCCUCCUCUUCUCAGAAUAAAAAGGCAUGACUGCGUGACAGCCACAAGGCGUACAUCCAAGUAUCCCAUAAGGACGAUACUAAUUGGGAGUAACUUGACUCAGUCAUUGCCGCCUUGGGACGGACAAGCAUAAUUGCCCUCUCUUGCAAGGUGGGCAAAAUUUCACUCACCUUAGCGGUAGACACAGGUGCGACAGUCAAUGUAAUCUCAGACUCCGCUUACAGGUCACUGACACGACAGGCGAGAGGGGGAAAUUGGCCGCUCCAAGAGAACGACCUGAAUGUGGUAGGCGUGACGGGCACCACUUUGGGAAUCCUAGGGCGAGUACCACUAACAGUCAGCUUACAUGAAAAGAUCAUGAUGUUGCGUUUUCUGAUCAUCUUGUUGUACUUCGGCUCCUUGCUUGCAACGACACCCAUCCACCUGAAGCCUGGCGCCCUCACGGCACACAUAGGAGAGGUUUUCCUCAUAGAAGAUGUGCUCCUCGUAAAAUAUCCAUAUACUUCCUUGACCAACACCACAGACACAAUCAGGAUAGUCUCAGAAAAACUACUCGGCAUGGCAGACGCCGUACGGGCAACGAAGACUAGGGGAAUCAAAGGCACUUUCUAGUACCAACUCUCUGAAUAUUUUUCAACUACUGGAGGAUAGGAUUCUGUUCUUACGGAGAAAAGUUGAUGAAGUAGACAUGGAUUAUAGUUUUCACUACGUUCACUCUCGGGUAAAGAGGGGUUUGCUCAACAUCGUUGGGUUCGCCUCAAAGUUCCUCUUCGGUACGGCAACCGACGAGGACGUGCGCGAUUUGCGGGACCACUACACUCAUGUACUUUCUUUUGCUGCCCGAAAUCGCAGGGUGAUCAACGCCAAUUGUAGAAAACUUGCGCGAUUGCAUGCUCACAUUGAGGAACUGCUAGAGCAAACAAAUAAGAUGGUAGAAGUUAUCAACAUAGUUGUCAAGCAGAUCGACGAGGUGAAUCAGUUUCUCCUCCUAGAUCAGGCCUUGCAUGUACUGGAAAGCGUCAUUAACUCUGUCGCAACGGCAAAUCAGCAAGUUAUUAGCAACAUGGUUGAUGCAGCGCACGGUAGAGUCACACCUGCCUUAUUCCCUCUACACGAUUUGAGAACGACUAUCCAUAUCGGAUAUCAAAAUUAUAGUCUCAAGCCUUUAUUCAACCCAGACAUGAGUCAUUAUUUUUACCCUUUGAUUGAGUCCAGCCUCACCCCCGAUGCCAUAAUCAUUCAUGUUCCGUUUCAGACGGCGGACGUGUUUGAGGCCCAUGAAAUUGUCCCAUUUCCCUUUUCAGCUAAGGACAGUGUGUUAGCCCUGGACACGUCCCCGUCUCUUGUCUUAAUCGCGAAGGAUUUCGCUCUGUAUUCAACGGGUAGCUACUCACUCUUGCAAUAUUGCAAGGAGACAGUCUUCAGGCGAUUCUAUUGCUCUGCGUCUCUUUUUGCCUUCCUGCCGGUUCGGGGAGGAGUGUGCGAGAUCGCCCUCACCCGGGUGAACGCGUCUGACGCUCUUUCCCUGUGCCCUUACAAGCAACUACCCCCAACACCUGUUUUCCAUAAGAACUUUCAGGGUCGGCAUUAUUUCUGUUUUCCUCAGUCCUUCUAUGUAUCGGUAAUCUGCCCGGAGGGUACUACUUAUCAACGGGUUACUGGUUACUAUGGCAUAGCGGAAGCAUGCUAUAUCCGCUCCACUAACAUAACAACGUACCCAUCCCGGAUCCGUCUGGUUUUCACGGCCAAUAUUUCCCAUCGAGUGUUUCCUCGGCGGUCUCUCGAUAACAUUCACUUCUCCAGCAUCUCUUAAAUGACUAAUUCCCUUCAUUAAUUGUCUUUUGCAAACGAAACAGAGUUUGCAGAAACCUUGGAGGAAACGCUGCCUGAAUACUUGCACCUCACCUACUUGUACCCUGGAAUUUUUGUGCUGAUGUUUCUGAUGUUCGUCAGUCUCGUCGUCAUGUGCUACCUUAUUAGGAGGAACUCUGUCCUGCACGAUUAUUUGGUUGUGCAGACAAGGCGACAGGAUGCAGGGAGGCCGCUGGCAAGUUUUUUUGUUUUUUUUUUCUCAAGCAAGUCAAAUGACAGAAAUCUGGCAUUCCCCUGCUCCUGUAUCUUAACAUUGUACUAUGUUCCCACCUUUUGUUAUAAUUAUUAUUAUUAUUCUUUGGAAGCUGGAUGAGCAUUUCAUGUUCUGUAACUAGGCCACUUGUUAACUACGGAUACUGGUGUCUUUAUUUAGAGAUUGUUUCUCUGAUUAUGUCGCACCCGCUGGUGUUACCUCUCAUUAUUUAUGUCAUUACAACACGAGUAGCUAUUCCUGCUUAGCCAUUGUUUUGAUAUACUUGUGCCAUAGGCAGUCUGCUCAACAUGUUCCCACUAUAUCGGGUCAACUACUAAUUAGAUUUUUUUUUGUAAAUCGCGAGGUCGCGAUCACUGGUAGGUGACCGAGCAGUGUUAUAAUAGGAUAUCAAUGUAUUAUUAUUAUUAUUAUUAUUAUUAUUAUUAUUAUUAUUAUUAUUAUUAUUAUUUAAUAUCACCACGAAUUAGGCAUACAAUUGUCAAUGGAAAAAACCCACGACAGAUAGAUCACGCCACCUUAUAGGAAUGUCGUCCGUCAGUGUUUACCGUCUCAGUUUGUAUACAAAGCAUUUCAUCAAGCUUGGAGGUCACCUUGACAUACGUGACCAAUUGUAACUUCAUUAUUUUCCAAUCUGUAACUCGUCACUCCUUCACGAGAGUCCGACUGACACACACCUGUAGUCUCUCUCGCUCAGACGCUCCUGUACAUAUAGGCUUAAGAAUAUAUUCGCCUUAAGGAAGCUGAGUCUUAAUCAACGCGUUUAAACGCCCCCCUGUACACCGUUACACUGAUGACACCAAGGUGGGUGGAAAGGCCCUCACAAAGACCGACUGCGAAAUCAUUCAGAAAGACCUCAAUCACAUUAUCGAAUGGUCGGAAAAAUGGCAAAUGUCCUUUAAUGUUGACAAAUGCAAAAUCAUGCACAUUGGGUCCAGAAAUAGUAACCACACAUACAUCAUGAAUGGGAAACCUCUGCAAGCGAUGCAGGAGGAAAAGGAUCUUGGAGUACUAUCAACAGUGACCUGAAACACGCGAAUCACUGUAAAAAAGCAUACAACAAAGCCAACACUAUGCUCGGGUUCAUAGCGAGGAACUUUGAGUGUAAAACGCCAGACGUGAUGCUAUCCUUGUAUAAUUCCAUGGUAAGACCGCACCUCGAGUAUGCAGUAGAGUUCUGGUCUCCUAAUUACAGAAAGGACAUUAAUUUACUGGAAAGGAUUCAACGACGCGCCACGAAGAUGAUACCAACCAAGAUGGACAUACUUACUAAGAGGUGAAACCAUCAUGGGGGGGCGGAAGGCAACAGUUGGCAGGAACGGCGCACCUGCCCGUGACGUCACUUGGUGGUGGAAGGAUAGGUCCGCCAGUGCAGGCAGCAGCAGUGCUGGUCGGGAGGCCAGGGAGGAGUGCAGGUCGAGCGCGCUUCAUAACCUUGCUAUGCCAGCAAG